UUGUAAAAACGUAAUAAAACAUGAAAAUAAAAAUAUUUCUCAGUAUUUUUCUACGUUCUAUCACGUUGCUAAGAAUGCUUAAAUUAUUCAGUCGCUUAUUCAUGUUAUUCAGUUACCUCAGUUGUGUCAAUAUAAAACCAUCGCGUGUAAUUUUCACGUUUAAACUACAUGCGUCAUUGAGAAAGAAAGAAAAUACCUAAAUUCUAAGAAUUACAUGGAGCCAUUGAGGUGCGUGAAACCUUCAUUCGACACACUGUUUAAUCAGCAGGUGUCUCUCUUUGAUAAUACUUAAAAGCAAAGUUGGUGCAUCGGUAUCCAGUCUGUAUUCGUCUGUCCCGGUAACCCGAGUACGUUGAAAUAAGUUUGUAAAAGAAAUAGUUAUUGCGCCGAAUAUGGCGUCCGUGAGAAUCCUCAUUGUUGCUGCAGUGCUCGUCGGCUGUGCCAACGCUAAAUUUGUCUGGGAACCCGACACCAACGACGACUUCCCUGCAUUUAAACCAUUCAAAAUGCAAAUGCCUGUGCCGCCCACCCCUCCCCAACUACCGUUCCCCCCAUUCCCUUCUUUCCAAAACUUCGCUCCUUUCCAACCGAUCCGACCAAUCCAACCGUUCGCUCCUAAUGCUUUUAAUUUCCCGAUGCCCCAUAUAAUAUCCGCUGACGAGAUUAAGAAUGCGAAACCAGGACCAAACGGCGUGUACAACGGUGUGAUGGUGUCGUCAAGCAGCAACUCUUACGUGGAUAAGGAUGGGAAAGUCGUGAAAAAGGGAGGCACUUCUGUCCUCACCAACCAGGAUGGAAAGGUGCAGGAGUGGAAACAGGGCAAUGCACCACCUGAUCUCAACAAGCCUAUCCAGAUGCCGAAAUUUGAACCAAUCACUUUUGACCCGAUCGAACCCAUCGAAUUCGAACCGAUCAAAUUCGAUCCUAUAGAACCCAUCAAAAUUGACGACAUUAAAAAUCACAAACCUGGUAAAGGAGAAAAGUAUAGCGCUUAUUCAGUCUCAGCAUCAAAAAGCACAAAAACAGUCAACGGCAAAGUUGUUGAAGAUAAAGCGGCAUCCAGUGUCCUCACUAACGACAAUGGAAAAGUGGACCAGCAACACGCCGGGUACAACAAAGGUGAAAAAGAACCCCGCCGUAACAAAUAAAGGAUCGAUAAAAUAAGACACGAGUGGAUGAAAUAUGAAGUACACUCGUGUCGUUACGUUGAGAUGUUAAAUUAUGUACCUACCUAAUUUUAUAAAUAAAAUUUUAAUUUUCAAACUUCAUCAUCCACUUCACACUCUAUUCGGUUUGUUAGAUCGAUUGACUAACAGAAAUAAUAAAAAUAUCCGAUUAUAAAUUUGCUCUCGUAAAAAACGUCUCGUAAAAAAUAAUAAAGGUUUUAGCCAAUCGUUUUAACAAAUGGUUUUCCUUCAUGUAAAUAUACAAUAUUUUCACUUUAUUGCAUUAUGAUUACUAAUUUAAAACUAAAAUGAAUUCAAUUUUCUUAUAUAGAUUAUUGUGCAAUUUAAUUAGUACCUAUUUAAACUAUAAGGAGUGUUAUUAUAAUUCAUAACAAAUAGCAACUGUGUUAAAUAAAUAUAUCGAAAGAAAGAAGCAAAAAAAAAAAAUUAUACUUAACUAAAAUUGGCAUUCUAUCAAAAGAAAUGGCACUUUAGUGCAAAAUUAGCGACGAUAAUUUUAUUUUGAGAAUUUUGAAAACACUCUUAAAUAUAUUUACAACUUCAAUAAACUGUAAGUACUGACGAAAAUGAUACAA